AGGGUUUUUUCAGACAUCCCACUUUAUAUAAAGCUUACUUGUGUCCAAAAUCUCACAUCUCCGGCGCAUUUUUAACAGAGAAAGGCAACCAUGGGUAUAUCUCGUGACUCAAUCCACAAGAGGCGUGCCACUGGAGGCAAGCAGAAGGGAUGGAGGAAGAAGCGAAAGUAUGAGAUGGGAAGGCAGCCAGCCAACACUAAGUUGUCCAGCAACAAGACGGUCAGAAGAAUCCGUGUCCGUGGAGGUAACGUCAAGUGGCGUGCGUUGAGGCUCGACACUGGUAACUACUCUUGGGGAAGUGAAGCUGUUACUCGCAAGACCAGAGUUCUUGAUGUGGUCUACAAUGCCUCCAACAACGAGUUGGUCCGUACCAAGACACUAGUGAAGAGCGCCAUUGUUCAGGUGGAUGCUGCUCCUUUCAAGCAGUGGUACCUCCAGCACUAUGGUGUUGAGGUUGGUCGCAAGAAGAAGACUGCUCCUUCUGCUGCCAAGAAGGAAGGAGAGGAUGGUGAAGAGGCUGCUCCAGCUGCUGCUGCUGCUCCUGAGGAGGUGAAGAAGAGCAACCACGUCCAGAGAAAGAUUGAGAGCCGUCAAGAAGGUCGUAGCCUUGAUUCCCACAUCGAGGACCAGUUUGCAAGUGGUCGUUUGCUGGCAUGCAUCUCAUCAAGGCCUGGCCAGUGCGGAAGAGCUGAUGGAUACAUUCUUGAAGGCAAAGAGUUGGAAUUCUACCAGAAGAAGAUCCAGAAGAAGAAGGGAAAGGGUGCUGCUUAGAAAGCUUCUUGUUCUUUGCCUGAAAUCUUUUGUUUUCUUCAGACAUGUUUUGAGUUUUCAGUUUGUAAUACUGUCUGAGAAGUGAGAACCUAUGUUUUUGGAUUAGCUUGACAUCAUUUAUCUUAAUACUCCCCAUCA